UCAUCCCUCCUUUCCUCUGCCCUGUUUCGUCCUCUCCUCCUCCCUCCCUUCUUUAUCUCCUCUCUCCUUUCCUCUCUCCUUCUCCUAUCUUGCGUCUUCUCCUCCUCUUCCUCUCCUCCUCAGUAGGCGGAGCUCUGACACAGAGCCGGCCCUCUGCAGGGGGAGUGGUGUGGUGAUGUAUCCGCGUCAGGAGCUCUGAUUCCCGGGUAGCCUCUGAGCGGUGACUCGCUGAGAUUUCUCCCGGUCCUGGUGCUCUCUCCCAGCGGAGAGCUGCUCUCUGUCUCCCCGCUGAUGAUGGAGCUCCUCCCGGUUGUCCUCCUGCUGUCUGCCGCCUGUCUGCAGCCCGGCUCCGCUGCAGUGACACGGUCAGGACCGAAAGUCACCGAGAAGGUGUUUUUUGACAUCACAGUGUCGGGUCAUGAGGUUGGGCGGAUCGUCAUCAGCCUGUUUGGAGAGGUCGUCCCUCUUACUGUCAAUAACUUUGUUGCCCUGGCAACCGGAGAGAAAGGUUACGGCUACAAAGGAACAAAGUUCCACAGAGUAAUUAAAGACUUCAUGAUCCAGGGAGGAGACUUCACUGCUGGAGACGGAACUGGAGGUCACAGCAUCUACGGGACGACUUUUGCAGAUGAAAACUUUAAACUGAAGCACUUAGGAGCUGGAUGGGUGAGUAUGGCGAAUGCCGGGCCGGACACAAACGGGUCUCAGUUCUUCAUCCUGGCCUCCAAGGCUCUGUGGCUGGACGGGAAACACGUGGUCUUUGGGAAGGUCCUGGACGGGAUGGCUGUGGUUCACACCAUCGAGCUGCAGGACACCAACGACAGGAACCUGCCGUACACCGAGUGCGUGAUCGUCAACAGCGGCAGGAUUCCGGUCAAAGAGCCGUUCGUGGUGGAGGUGGAGGGCUGGUAACAGAAUGUGAUGAUGAAAUACUGGUGAUGGAUCACAAAUCAUUUGCCAAUCUCACAUUUUCAUUUUAUUACUUUUGCGUAAAGACAGCAGCUCAUAAAGCCGGAUGUUGGUUUGAAUAGUUUGACACCAGAACCUUAGGUCAACAGAAUUUUUCAUCUUGAAGGAAAACUUUAUGAAAGUGAAACAACGUUUCUGCAGAUCCUCCUGAAUCUUCCACACCGGAUCUUUAAAAUAGGAAACGUUUGAUCAAAGUUUUAAGAAGAAUCAGAACCUGAACUAGUUCCUGUCCCAGCGAAUAUUUGAAAAGUUUUGAUAUUCGCGGUACAGACACAUUUCAGCUGGUAUCACAAACACUCUGGGCUCGAACUCUCGUCCCAAUUAGCAAGAUAACGUGAAGCGUUUCAUACAGGACGUUAGCAUGUUACGUGUCACAAAGACUAGAUGUAACAUGCUCAGCGUUAGCGGGGGUUUCGUAACAGGAAACUGACUGAAGAGCGUGUCUGAUAAUAAUAAUAAUAAUUUUAUAAUGUUUGGUGCUGUGAAUCAAACACGACGAAUAUCAUGAAACUUGCACUUACACAAUAACUAUGUAGCUCCUCGUGAAUCUCUUAUUGCCAAAUCAUUCUCAGUUGCCAAACUUCCUGACAUUUCCUAUGCAUUGAAUAUUUAAAUAUCGUCAUUUUAAUAAACAUAUGCAAACAAAGAGAGAAACAAACUGUAGCAGGUGUCAAACAUCAUUCUGGCACUAAAAUUAUUUAGGAUCUUCUUCUUUCAUGUCUUGAUUUGAACUAUUUGUCUUCCGGAUGAAUUAUGCACUGUAUCAUGUGAGUAAAAAAAACUGCAGCACAAAUUGCACAGAAAGAAAAAUAUUGUUAAAGUGUGGAAACGAGAAUUAAUAUUGUCUGAUACUGUUUAGUUUCAAUAAUGAAUAUAAAUGUUGAACCAUGUGACUGCGUCAGUGAACCUGACAGUUAAUUCCUGCGAGUUGUUUUUAAUGUUGUCUCUAAUAAAGUUUGAACUAAUCUUCCUCAUGCCACUGAAGCUAACGCAGCAUUAAAAACCAAACAUAUCAAACGUUAUGUUUCCAUUAUUUAUAUUAACAGAAGAGUGUGAACAGCUGUGUUUUCUACAAUAAACUGAAAAAA